CCGAAAAUAAAACGCUAAAAGUGUAUCUCCGGUCAUAAAUCAGAACCUAACAAGACAAUAAUUUGAAAACUAUCACACAACAAAAAAGUCUAAUUCAUCCUGAUGAGACCUGAAAAAACCGGCAUCGGGCCUCUGAUGCAUCAUAAAAGCCUAAUAUUUAGUAAACACGUCUAAUCUCCACCAGUACAAGUUGAGAUCUAGAUCGAGAUCCAGAUGUAAGGUAUCCUGUAAGGUAUCCUGUAAGGUAAGGGCAUGAAUGACUCGGAGAAAGAAUGAAACGCGUGCGGUAAAGUGACGGGGCACAUUAAAUUAGCCUUAUUCAGGAUCAAAUGUUCCCAAUAUAAUAAAAAAAGGCAAUUGACGCAACCAGUACAGCAACAUAACGCCAUAACAGUGUUAGAGUCAGAUCCAUACCAAAGGAGCGGCGUUUAUUGAAAAGAGCGGCUUUUCCGAGGAUUCUUUAAGUGGCCUAUAAACUACCGAUGCCUUCACAACGGGGGUUAUUCCGUUACCCACAUUUCUGAUGUUAUUCGCCUUCUGUCACUUGGUCUUUUUCUUAUAUUACUAUACAGAGUAUAAUACUACCGUCUAUUGUCAACUCUCAGUGUUGAGGAUGUAACAGACUCCAAGGUUCUCAAUAAAAAACAUGGCGUCAACUUCUUUGUCGGUUCUCGGGCCGACAGCUUCACAAAUCCCGCUUUCUUCCCUCUCUCUUCCAUCCCAAAAUUCACUUACAACUAUGAAAUUUCUUCUCUCACUCCCUCGAGCCUUUCUCACGCCCUCCACAAUCCAAUAUCAGCUCCUCAAUUUCCAUUUACUAAUUUACUAAUUUUACUGUCGCAUCAACCUAUAACUUACGCUAACGCUGACUUUUAGCUGAUGUGACGCAUUCUAACCUCACAUUUAUGCCUGCAGAACCUCUCAGCCCUUCAUAUAGCCGUGUUAGAACGCGACAUACAAAUGCUGGAACUGUUACUUUCGGUUCCGAACGUCGACUGCAGUGACACCGCCCUACACGCGAUCCGAGACAACCAACAGCAAAUGGCGGUGAUGAUUCUCAACAAAAUGGAGGAGCAACGUCCUCACUCGGAGUUCGCUGGCGCUGUAGAUAGUUCGGAAUUUUUGGACGAAACUACACCUAUGGAUGUUGCUGCGGCCUACGGACAUUUUGAUAUGAUUAAAUUACUUACUGAUAGAGGACAUUCAAUCACGAAACCUCAUCCGCCUGAUUGCUACUGUCGAGAAAUUUGCAAGCGUGAAAAGGAAAAUGAGGACCCUUUGACACUCGACAAAAAAAGACUGGCCCGGUAUCAAGCCUUCUCGAAUCCUGCUCAUAUUUGUCAUAUUUCUUCGGACCCUAUUCUCAAAGCCUUUCAACUUUCAUCCGAACUUACAAGAGCUGCUGUCGUGCAACGGGAAUGGCACAAGUUUUACAAACAACUAUCGCAGGUUUUUUUUUUUAAAUUCUUGUUUUUUUGUUAUAAAUUUUAUAAAAAAUUUAUUGACGUGACACGGUUUGGAGCGGAGCUAAUUGCCUGUGCGAGAAAGGCCGAUGAAGUAGAACAUGUUUUGGAAAGAAAAGCUGGGAUGGUUUUUUCCAUGAAUUUCAUUUUUCCACGAUUACUUCUGGCGAUUGAGUGCAAGCAGAAGGCUUUCGUAGCCCAUCCUAAUGUUCAACAGGUAAUUGAAAAUAAAUGGAUCGGAGAAUGGUACGGGUGGACGAAAAAAUCCCGAGCUGCCAAAAUAGCGACCGUUUUUUGGAGGAUACCCACCUUUUGGUUCAUGGCGCUCUGGGUUUGGGUUGCUCCAGGCUCAAAACGUGGCAGAAAGUGGCAGAUUCCCGUUCAUCGUUACAUUUCAAUUGUCGCGAGUUACUUGGUCUUCUUGACGAUUUGCUUUCUACAGUCGAAUGUCAACAAAAAAAAUCAGCUGCGUGGCCCACCAAAUACUGGGUGCGAGGUGCCGCUAGUUAUUUAUGUGAUAUCGUUCAUAUGGGCUGCGAUACGUCUAUGUAUGAUUCAUGGCCCCAGCAGAUACUUUCGCUCUCGAUGGAAUUGGUACGAAGUUGUAAUGCUCAUAUUAUUUAUCAUGACAUUUAUCUUCUGGAUAGCUUCGGCUAUAGAUGUGAGACUUCACGACCAGAGAGAUCUCGAGCGUAAAUAUUGGCACAAAUAUGACCCGACACUAGUUGCCGAGGGUACGCUAUGUCUUGCUACAAUAAUGGCCUUUUUCAAACUUAUUUUUCUUUGCCAACUUGACUAUAAUCUUGGACAACUUCAAGUAACGCUGGGGAAAAUGAUACAAGAUGCUACUAAAUUUUUACUCCUUUUUUGUAUUAUCAUAAUUGCUUUUGCUGCAGGUCUAGGAAGACUCUAUCAAUACUACGACGGAAUGGUCCAAGUAGACGACGAGUCAAAGAUAAAAAUCCAGCAAGUCUCGUCCUUCGUCGACUUUUUAUCAACUUUCAAAACACUUUUCUGGGCAAUUUUCUGUAUGAGCACCAUCGAGUCCGCGGAUGUCAUAAUAGAAAACCUUCCCGGCGAAAGUGAUUCCGAGUCAAUUAUCAACGAGCAUGCUUUCACAGAAGGCAUCGGAUACUUUGCAUUCGCGGGUUUCGAGUGUAUUUCUGUGAUAGUUGUCCUCAACAUGUUGAUCGCUUGCAUGUCGAACACAUUCACGGCAGUUACUCGUAACGUCGACGUCGAGUGGACAUUUGCUCGCACAGAAGUUUACGUCAAUAUCAUGGCUCUGAACUCGUUACCGCCCCCUUUCAAUCUUCUCCCGACUUGUAGCGAGUAUCGCACAAUCGUCGAGUUCGUAAAACUUUUAUUUCGUCCAACUAAAACCAAACGAGCUCGAUGGAACUUUAAACACGGCUGUUAUAUUGAAAAUACUGCAGAGAACAACAAUGAAAAAUUUGAAGAAAUAAUGGGACUGCUAGUGAUGCGUUACUUCCGUAAAAAACAUGUAGAAUCGGAAACGAACGAGAUCCGGGGGCUCAGAAAAGAUUUAAAUGAGCUGAGGUACCUGCUGAAAGACGCCCUAUCACCAGCUUGAACUAAAAAUGAAACAAAAUUAAGCCGUAAAAAGUAAAGAGUUAAUUUUAACAGUUAAUUUUAUUUAUAUUUUAUUGUAUAAAUUUUUAUUAUUUUAAUUCAUAUUUCAUUUACCGUACGGUAAUAAAAAGUGACCGUCGUAGACUCGAGGGAAAUCAGAGCGAUAAACCGUGAAUAGCAAAGUAGAAUGCUAAAUUAUAACUUUAAUAUGAAUAUCAUUUUAAAACAAAAUAAAAUAUUUAUCUUAACUUUGGCUUUGACAUUAUUUCACGUGUAAAUAUUUGAUUAUUUACUCAUUUGUAAGUCAAAGAAUUGAAUCAGUAGGUCAGUUAUUAAUAAAUUAGGAUAA